AGGCGGUGGGUGACAAGCCCCCUCAGGCCCGGUCAGUCCUGGGGAACCCGUCUGAACGGUGUGUGGUACAAACCAGUGGACUGGUUCAUUCUGCCAAAGGUGAGGGCUAGGUCAUGUCAUGUUAUGGGAAAGUCUCUAAACAGAGAAGGGUAGAAUAAUACUAAUGGUGAAUGGUCUGACUGGACUACUGUCCCUCUCUCCUGUCCAGGGCUUUGAGGGGACUCUGGUCUGGGAGAGUCCUGAUUUAGCUGGUCUGACUACGGUCAACACAUCCCGGGAGAAGCUGAACAACGGGGGAGGAGUACUCAAGUUCUCAUCUGUACCUAAUGGCUUCCCAUUCUUUUUCACAGAUAUGCUACACUUUGUGUUUGUUCAAUAGUCUUACAAUAUGACAAUUGCGAAAUCUAGCAAUAUUCCACAGUUAAAUCUCCUGCAAAUUUUCAUGUGACAGAAAUGUAUUGCCUCCAAUCUCCUUUCUACUGUGUGUCUCCCAAUCUCUCUCCUGUGUGUCUCCCAAUCUCUCUCCUGUGUGUCUCCCAAUCUCCUUUCUCCUGUGUGUCUCCCAAUCUCUCUCCUGUGUGUCUCCCAAUCUCUCUCCUGUGUGUCUCCCAAUCUCUCUCCUGUGUGUCUCCCAAUCUCUUCCUGUGUCUCCCAUCUCUUCCCGUGUUGUCUCCCAAACUUCUCCUGUGUGUCUCCCAAUCUCUCUCCUGUGUGUUCCCAAUCUCCCUUUUUUACUGUGUGUCUCCAACUCUCUCCCGUGUGUCUCCCAAACUUCUCCUGUGUUUUUCCCAUUCUCUCCUGUGGGUUUUCCCCAAUCUAUCUCUUGUCUCCAAUCUAUUCCUGGUUCUCCCAAAACUCUCUCCUGUGGUCUCCCCAAUCUCUCCUCCUGAUGUCUCCAAUCUCUCCUGUGGGGUGAUGUUUCCCGUUGGUGAGGGGACGUUGCCUCACAGGAGUGCUCGGGGCUUCCCAGGGUUGGGGAGGGUUCACAUUCAAAUUAUGGUGAGUCCAGUCCCGGCAUUGACUUCAAAACCCAAAAAAUAUACCAUCCAAGUCAGUCCGGGUCUUUUUUUUAUUAAGAAAUGGCCCUUUUCCGGUUUUUGUGUUAUAUAGAGAGAUGGUCCUGCCCAAUUUCUUUGUGCUAUAUAUGAGAGAUGGUCCCUGUCCAUUUCUUUGUGUUGUAUAUGAGAGAUGGUCCUGUCCAUAGUCUUGUGUUGUAAAUGAGAGAUGGUCCUGUCCAUAGUCUUUGUGUUGUAUAUGAGAGAUAGUCCUGUCCAUGGUCUUUGUGUUAUAUAUGAGAGAUGGUCCUGUCCAUGGUCUUUGUGUUUGUAUAUGAGAGAUGGUCCUGGCCAUGGUCUUGUGUUAUAUAUGAAGAUGGUCCUGUCCAUAGUCUUUGUGUUAUAUAUGAAGAUGGUCCUGUCCAUGGUCUUUGUGUUGUAUAUGAGAGAUGGUUCCAUGGUCUUUGUGUUAUAUAAGAGAGAUGGUCCUGUCCAUGGUCUUUGUGUUAUAUAUGAGAGAUGGUCCAUGGUCUUUGUGUUAUAUAUGAGAGAUGGUCCUGUCCAUGGUCUUUGUGUUGUAUAUGAGAGAUGGUCCUGUCCAUGGUCUUUGUGUUAUAUAUGAGAGAUGGUCCUGUCCAUAGUCUUGUGCUAUAUAUGAGAGAUGGUCCUGUCCAUAUUUUUGUGUUAUAUAUAAGAUUGGUCCUUCCAUAGUUUUGUGUUGAAAAGAAGAUGGUCCUGUCAUAGUUUUUGUGUUUAUGAGAGAUAGUCCUGUCCAUGGUCUUUGUUUUUUAAAUGAGAGAUGGUCCUGUCAUGGUCUUUGUGUUGUUUUGGAGAUGGUCCAUGGCUUGUGUUUAUAGGGAAAAUGGUCCUGUCCAUAGUUUUUGGGGUUUAUUAGAGAGGGUCCUGCCCAGGUCUUUGUGUUAUAUAUGGGGAAAUGGUCCUGCCCAUGGUUUUUGUGGUAUUAGAAGGUCCAGGGUUUUUGUUUUAUAUAAGAAGAUGGCCUGCCCAUGGUCUUGGUUUUAAAUAUGAGAGAUGGCCCAUGGUCUUUGUGUUAUAUAAGAGAGAGGGUCCUGCCUGGUCUUUGGUUAUUUUUGAGAAGGGCCAGGGUCUUUGUGUUAUAAUGAGAAUGGCCCUGUCCAGGGUUUUGGGUUUUUGUAUAUGAGAGAUGGUCCUGUCCAGGUCUUUGUGUUUAUAGAGAAUGGCCAUAGUCUUUGUUUAUAUAAAAGGAUGGCCCAUGGUCUUUUUUUAAUAAGAGAGGGUCCUGUCCAUGGUCUUGUGUUAAUAUGAGAGAGGCCCAUAGUCUUUGUUUAUAUAGAGAGGGGUACUGUCCAUAGUCUUUGGUUUUAUAUAUGGGAGAUGGCCCUGUCCUAGUUUUUUGUUUUGAAAAUUUAGAAUGGUCCUGUCCAUGGUCUUGUGUUAAUUGAGAGAUGGUCCUGCCCAGGGUCUUUUGUUGUAUAUGAGAGAUGGUCCUGUCAGGGGUUUUUGUUUUAUAGAGAGAGGCCCUGCCCAUGUCUUUGUGUUAUAUUAGAGAGGUCCUGUCCAUGGUUUUUGGUUUUUUUGGGAAGAUGGCCCUGUCCAUGGUCUUUGUGUGAUAUGAGGUUUGGUCCUGUCAGGGUCUUUGUUUGAAAAGAGGAUGGCCCUGUCCUGGUCUUUGUUUUAUUAAGAGAGGUCCAUAGUCUUUGUGUUAAUAUGAGGAGGGUCCUGCCCAGGGUUUUUGUGUAUAUGAGAGAUGGUCCAAUUUUUGUGUUAUAUAUGAGAGAUGGAAAAGGGCCCUUUGUGUUAUAAAGAGAGAGGUCCGUCCAUGGCUUUGUUUGUAUAUGAGAGAGGGCCCCUAGUCUUUGUUUUAAUAUGGAGAUGGUCCUGCCCCUAGUUUUUUGUUUAUUUGAGAGGGUCCUGUCCAUGGUUUUUGUUUGAAAGGAAAGAUGGUCCUUCCAUAGCUUUGUGUUGUAUAUGGAGAUGGCCUGCCCCUAGUUUUGUGUUAAUAUAGAGAGGUCCGCCCAUGGUCUUUGUUUUUGUAAAUGAAAGGGCCCUGCCCAUAUUUUUGUGUUUUUAAUGAGAGUGGCCCUGCCCCAUAGUCUUUGUGUUAUAUGGAGAGGGUCUUCCAUAGUCUUUGUGUUUUUUGAGAGAUGGUCUGUCCAUUAGUUUUGGGUUAUAUAUAGAGAUGGUCCUGUCGGUCUUGUGUUAUAAGAGAGAUGGUCCUGCCAUAGUUUGUGUUAUAAUGAGGAUGGCCCUGCCAUAGUCUUGUUUUGAAUAUAAAUGGUCCUGUCCAUAUCUUUGUUUUAUAUAUGAGAGAUGGUCCUGUCCAGGUUUUGGUUUUUUAUAUAUGAGAGAGGGUCCUGUCCAUGUUUUUUGGUUAUAUAUGAGAGAGGGCCCUGUCCAUAGUUUUUUGUGUUGUUAUGAGGGGUCCUUUCCAUAUUUUUGUGUUAUAUAUGAGAGAGGUCCUGCCCCAUGGUCUUUGGUUAAAUAGAAGAUGGUCCUGUCCAAGUUUUUGUGUUAUAUAUGAGGUGGCCUGUCCAUAGUUUUGUGUUGUAAUAGAGAUGGUCCUGUCAAGGGUCUUUGUUUAUAUAUGAGAGAGGGGUCUGUCCAUAGUUUUUGUGUUUAUAUGAGAGGGGGUUUGUCCAUGGUCUUUGUUUUUUAAAUGAGGUGCUAGGGCCCGGGUCAAAGUAGUCCCCAUAUAGGGAAUAGGGUGCCAUUCUUUUCUAAAGUAGUUGCCCCAAAAUGGGGAAAAGGGGUGCCAUUUGGGACGUAUCCCUUCCCUUUAUCACCCAGCUGGUGGAGGAUCUGAUUCCUGCUGCUUCUAAGUGGUCUAUUUAUAUGUUCUUUACCCUGUCACUAUUUUUAUUCUCUAAUCACGUAUGUUAUCUGAUGGAUCUAUCACAAGACUGCCACAAAAAUCAGAACCGAAACGACCCAGAAACAGAAAGAAAUACAGAACCGAGAAAAAGAAGACAGAAAAGAAAACAAUCCUACAUCCCAACUCAUCUCCCCACCCUCACUCCUCCUCCUCUCCUCCCUCCUCCUCUCCCUCCUCCUCUCCCUCCUCCUCCCCGUAGACAUGGCCUCCCUGUGGAAGGUGUUGCAUGGCCACAGAGGAGCGAUGCAGACCCAUGGCACCAGACUGCAGAUGGAGGAUGGUCUUUGGAAGCAGGAGGGUCUGCGAUAUGGAGACAUAGUGUUUGUGGAUAUAGUGGACACGUACAGGAACGUUCCUUCUAAACUACUGCAGUUCUACAAGUGGUAAGACCAGUGUGACUAGUCUAACCUCGCAGCUACACUGCGGUUUCUGUCUGUUAGCGUUGUUUUUGGUAUGCUACACCGGUAAGGUAUAAAUGGACACAGCUCUUAUAGUUUGGCUCUGCUGCUCAGGGUUGCUCAGGGCUGCUCAGGGUUGCUCAGGGUUGCUCAGGGCUGCUCAUGGUUGCUCAGGGUUGCUCAGGGCUGCUCAGGGUUGCUCAGGGUUGCUCAGGGCUGCUCAGGGUUGCUCAGGGUUGCUCAGGGCUGCUCAGGGUUGCUCAGGGUUGCUCAGGGUUGCUCAGGGCUGCUCAGGGUUGCUCAGGGCUGCUCAGGGUUGCUCAGGGCUGCUCAGGGUUGCUCAGGGUUGCUCAGGGUUGCUCAGGGCUACUUGUAUGUCUGUUCUUAAGCCUCUUGCACACCAAGGACGAUUUUCUCUUCCAAAAAUAUUUGCAUGAACUUGGUAACGUUUUAUUUUUAUUUUUAUGAUCGACCAUCUCAGGAAGACAGUUUCUCAAUUUCUCAAUUGAUGUAAAAGCCUUCAUUUACAUUUUUGUCAUUUACCAGACGCUCUUAUCCAGAGCGACUUACAGGAGCAAUUAGGGUUAAGUGCCUUGCUCAAGGGCACAUCGACAGAUUUUUCAACUAGUCAGCUCUGGGAUUAGAACCAGCGACCUUUCGGUUACUGGCACAACGCUCUUAACCACUAAGCUACUUGCCGCCCCAUAAAGGAAACAUGUCUUUGUGUAAAUUAUUCAUACGAAACAGAGUCCGCUGGAGAUGCACCAUUGAGGCCCUAUACUCCACUAAUGUAGGUAGCUGAAGGAAUAAAUUAUGAACUUAAAUGAAUACGAAUUAAACGGGACUUUGUGUAAAAAACUCUUUAGUGGCUCUGCUACUCAGUGACCAUAAAUGGCAAAUCUGGAAAUCAUCAAAUAGAAAUGAAACAUACCAAACUACUGUCACCAGCCUGAUGCUGUCAGGUAUGCCUGAUUAGAAAUCUUGCAUUCUGCUUCACUAAAUGACUAUGGUGUCUCAUCAUUAGAUAGCAGAGCUAGGCAGCUUUACUUCUGGAAUUAAUUUGGUUUUGGUAUUUGUUUAUUAGAAAACACCCCACCCUUCUCUGUACUCUCACUGGUAUUAGAUAGUAAAUCUAGACUGCGUCCCAAAUUACACCCUAUUCCCUUCGCUACUUUCGACAAGAGCCCAAUAGGAGAAGGCUACUCUGGCCAACUGUGGACCCUCAGAAUUGUGUUUUAAUUAAGGUUGAUACUUCCCUGUUGUCUGACAGGUGGGUUGAUACUUCCCUGUUGUCUGACAGGCGGGGUGAUACUUCCCUGUUGUCUGACAGGCGGGUUGAUACUUCCCUGUUGUCUGACAGGCGGGUUGAUACUUCCCUGUUGUCUGACAGGUGGUUACUUCCCUGUUGUCUGACAGGUGGGUUGAUACUUCCCUGUUGUCUGACAGGUGGGUUGAUACUUCCCUGUUGUCUGACAGGCGGGUUGAUACUUCCCUGUUGUCUGACAGGCGGGUUGAUACUUCCCUGUUGUCUGACAGGUGGGUUGAUACUUCCCUGUUGUCUGACAGGCGGGUUGAUACUUCCCUGUUGUCUGACAGGUGGGUUGAUACUUCCCUGUUGUCUGACAGGUGGGUUGAUACUUCCCUGUUGUCUGACAGGCGGGUUGAUACUUCCCUGUUGUCUGACAGGCGGGUUGAUAAUUAAUUCUCUGUUGUCUGACAGGUGGGUUGAUAAUUAAUUCUCUGUUGUCUGAUAGGUGGGUUGAUAAUUAAUUCUCUGUUGUCUGAUAGGUGGGUUGAUAACUCCCUGCUGUCUUAUAGGUCGGUGGGAAACGCUGCGUUUGAUCUGCUGCUGAAGACUGAUGAUGAUUGUUAUAUUGACGUCGACAAGGUUUUAAUGAAGAUCGACCAAAAGGACCUGAAGAGACGCAACUUCUGGUGGGGGAAGUGAGUACUGUGCAGAGACAGUAUGGUAGACAGAGUGUCUGUCUGGAUAUGUUGAGCCCGUGUUCACAAAGCCUAUCAGAGUAGUAGUGCUGAGCAAGGAUCCUUUCAAGUUUCUAUGUACAGGGGAUAUCUGAUCCGAGAUCAGCUCUCCCCUGGUCCGUCCUGUAGUAGCUGAUGGUUGAAGUUUCUAUGUACAGGGGAUAUCUGAUCCGAGAUCAGCUCUCCCCUGGUCCGUCCUGUAGUAGCUGAUGGUUGAAGUUUCUAUGUACAGGGGAUAUCUGAUCCGAGAUCAGCUCUCCCCUGGUCCGUCCUGUAGUAGCUGAUGGUUGAAGUUUCUAUGUACAGGGGAUAUCUGAUCCGAGAUCAGCUCUCCCCUGGUCCGUCCUGUACUAGCUGGGUUAAUAUUUAAACCAGAGGAAUACCGCCUGCAGCCUGGACAAUUCUCCUGAGCAGCUCCUAGUUAGAUAAAUUCAUAUUCCAGCCUAGUCAUUCUGGGAACAUGGAGGUAGUUUUGCUGAGUAAGAUCUGAUGCAGAUGUUGGACCGCAUUGGGAAGUGUGUAUGUCUGUCUGUCUGUCUGUCUGUCUGUCUGUCUGUCUGUCUGUCUGUCUGUCUGUCUGUCUGUCUGAUGUUCUUCCUUUCCCAGUUUCCGUCAGAGCUGGGCGGUGGAUCGCAUUGGGAAGUGGCAGGAGCUAGAGUACGCCAGUCCAGCCUACCCGGCCUUCGCCUGCGGCUCGGGUUACGUGGCCUCCAGGGACCUCGUCCAAUGGCUGGCUAGCAACGCAGAGCAACUCAAGGCCUACCAGGUACCGGACCACAUGGCACCAAACACCAGAUAAGAAAUGAUGCCCAAACAACAGGCACCAUUGGAGCCACAUUUAUAAUGUGCUACGUGUUGUUUCAGGGGGAAGAUGUGAGCAUGGGGAUCUGGAUGGCUGCAGUUGGACCACAGAAAUACCAGGUAAAGAACAAGAUAACACUACUAUAGUAGAAAUACCAGGUAAAGAACAAGAUAACACUACUAUAGUAGAAAUACCAGGUAAAGAACAAGAUAACACUACUAUAGUAGAAAUACCAGGUAAAGAACAAGAUAACACUACUAUAGUAGAAAUACCAGGUAAAGAACAAGAUAACACUACUAUAGUAGAAAUACCAGGUAAAGAACAAGAUAACACUACUAUAGUAGAAAUACCAGGUAAAGAACAAGAUAACACUACUAUAGUAGAAAUACCAGGUAAAGAACAAGAUGACACUACUAUAGUAGAAAUACCAGGUAAAGAACAUAGUAUGGUAGCCUGCCUGAAAACAGCCACCCUAACCAACCAGCUCAUGUUAUUCAUGUCAAUCACCUUGGUUGUUAACACUAAUGCCAGAUAGCAUUGAUAGACCUUCUUCAUAAACCUAACCCUAGUUGUCUGACUGUUGUCUGAAGGUCGUCUGAAGUUUGUGGUUGUCCUUUCCCCAGGACGCAGGCUGGCUGUGUGAGAAGGAGUGCUACCAGGACAUGCUGUCGUCCCCACAACACUCCCCCGAGGAGCUCCGCACGCUCUGGGCUAGGAAGAGGGCCUGUGGGGACCCCUGUGGAUGUCCCUGGGGACACAGC